AUGACAUCUAGAAAUUACAGAAGGAUCAAUGCUGACUUGUAUAAAUCUCUUUCGGAAGGAGAUGACGCCAAGGUAUGUGAUGCAUGCAGAGACUUGCCAGAUGGUCCUUUGCACAAGCUAACCAUACAUCGCGACACUAUUCUCCACAUCGCUGGUUACUACAAGCGUAACAAGCUCGUUCUUCAGCUACUCAGUCUGCUACCUGAAGACGACUCCAACAAACUUACAUUAAAAAAUGAAGCCGGAAACACCAUUCUUCAUGCCACAGCCACCAAUGAUAAGACUGUCGAGGCUGCUGCUGAGAUCCUUCACCGAGCUCCUUCAUUGCUCACCAUGACUGACAGGCUCGGAGAGACGCCUUUUUUCCGUGCAGCCCGUUAUGGCAAGAUCAAGAGUUUCUAUUUUCUUAAAGGUGAAGUGAGUAGGAGAUUUCCGGAAGAGGCAGACUUAAAGGGUUUUCUUCGAAGAAAUGAUAAAGCAACUAUACUUCACGUUGCAAUCCAUAGCGAGAACUUUGAUUUGGCUCAUGAUAUUGCUGAAGCUUAUCCAAUGUUGAUCGGUGAACAGGAUGGAGAUGGGAUGACUGGUCUUCAACUUCUUGCCUGCAAGCCAUCUGCUUUCAACCAUGGAUUCGAAGAGAAUUUCUUCAAGCAGUUCAUAUCUAAGUUUAUUGAUUUGAGUGCUAAAGAAAGAACCAGUAGAGUGCCUAUCCUGAAAGAAGUUCAGAAACAAAAUCGAAAAACGGAAUCAGCAAAUAAACUUGCAACCCUUUUAAUUGAAAAAGAUGCCUCAUGGGAAGCAACAUCACCCAUGUCAAACCAGAACAGAAUUAAACCCCACAAAUAUGGAGGGAUAUCGUCUUCAACCAUAACUCCUGUAGAUAUUGUCAUCAAUGCUCCUACUCAUGACUCUCCAUUGUUUUUAGCCACAAAAUCGGGUUGUACAGAGAUUGUAAAGGAAAUACUGCAAGUGUACCCCCAGGCCGUAGAGCAUAUUGAUGAGGAUGGACGUGACAUUUUGCAUGUAGCCAUUAAAUAUCGAAGAAUGGAGAUCUAUAAAGCUGUGAUCAAUAUGAAGUUUCCUUUAACGAGGCUAAGGGGGAAGAUUGACAAACAAGGCAACUCAAUACUUCACAUGGUAGGCAUGAAAGUUAGCGAUCAGAAAACCGAGGGGGACAUCAGAAGCCCUGCUGUCGUACUACGAGAUGAUUUGCUUCUAUUCGAGAGUGUGAAAAAUAUAUGUACCACCAUAGCAAGCUUACAGGUAAAUAACAAAGGCGUGACUGCUGAACAACUAUUCAUCGGGAACAAUGCACAGCUUCGCAUUGAUGCCAAAGAAUGGAUGAAAAGCACAGCUGAACAUUGCUCCAUUGUUGCUGUGCUAAUUGCCACAGUUGCCUUUGCUGCAGCUUACACUGUUCCUGGAGGCCCAAAUCAAAGCACAGGUUAUCCACUUCUCAAGAGCAAACCGUUUUUUAUUGUCUUUGCCCUAGCCGAUGCACUUUCCCUCACAUUUUCUUUGACAUCAGUUAUCAUAUUCCUUUCCAUCCUCACAUCUUCCUUUCGGUUAAAGGAUUUCAAAAACUCUCUUCAUAAUAAACUACUCCUAGGCCUCACAGUGUUGAUACUCUCCGUGUCAAUGAUGAUGAUAGCUUUUGCAGCCACGCUAAUCCUAACCAUUAGUAGUGGGCAGGAUUGGACAAACAUUAUGUUGUACAUGAUCUCAUUCUUUCCAGUCACUGUGUUUGUGUGCUCAUACGUACAUCUUUAUAAAUUGCUCAUUAAAGCGUUUGAGGAAAGAGUAAAGAUGAUUAUAGCUUCAAUAUUGCCUACCCUUGAUGUUGAAUCAAUAAACCACCCCAUACAUCCCUCUCAACCUCCAACUGCCACUUCUUUUGUUUGA